UCAUAACCAUGGGGGUUGGACGUGGCGGGAGGGGAAGUGGGGGCAAGGAUGUUGGACAUGUGGUUAAUUUACUCCACAAAUAAACUGUUUAAAAUGAUCGUCUAAUUGGUGGCUAGUGAAAACGACCAACUUAAAUAUAAACCAUCUUAAACUUUAUAUCCAUUCGCCUGUUAGUGUCGCACAUCUUAAUUGUAUCAUAGCAUUGAACUGUUAUUUUUUCUCGUCCGUUGCGUAUAUCCAGAGACGUGUAUAUCAGAUCUUUAACUCUGGAAAUGUCCAUAUUGUACAGAGUUGUAUCGAUAGGCUCGUGUGUAAGAUCAUUAAAGCUGAGCUAAGCACGAAUGAUAUAAAUCUACACCAGUACAAGAUCGAUAGUGCGGGAAGUCGCCAGAGGGCGUUUCAUGAUAGUUUUAUGUACAUGUACAUACUAUACUGAUAAUCUUCACGGCAAAUAAUAAUACCCCAAAUCCAUGUCUUUGUUUAGCUGGCGAAAGUUCUUCUCUAUUAUAGUGCUUUAAAUUAGUGUACAGAUUUCUUCAACCGUAGCGUCUAGUUUCGUAUCCAUGCGCAGUGGAGAUGAAAUAAGGUCAUUGGCUAUCGUCGCGCGCAGCGUAUUAUGAACAACGGGCAGACGACAUUUUACAUGGCAGGUCCACUAUAUCACCGCGGUCCUAGGGUUGCCGCCCUGCUCGGAUGGUGAGCGCUACCCUGUCCCCCGGCGACACAGGUAGGUGCUGUCACCUUUUGAAGUGACCAUUUGGCAGCUGGACUAAUGGCGAGGCAUUAAUCACAACAGAGAAUUACAAGUACAGAUUUGGAACACCAGAGUGAGUAGUCGUCUUAUGGCAUCCAUCGAAGAUUCUGAUGGGGAAUCGGCCAAAGUUGUGUCACCAUUACAUAGGAGUGCUAAAGAAUUAGAGAAACAGUUUGACCUAUUGAAGUCGUAUUCGGGACCUACAAUUUCCGUAGACAAGAGAAAUAUUUUCUUGGAGGAAGAAAGUUUCUUGGAGACAUUUCUAAGGUGUUUGAUUUGCCGGGAACUUUUUAACGCUACUGACCGGCCUCCAAAAAUUCUGCCUUGCCACCAUACUCUGUGCCUACAGUGUACUUUGAGACUUUACCAGGGGGAAGUUGAUUAUCAAAAGAAACAGACGCAUGGAUUUGUCCCAGUCGCUGUAAGUGUUGUCUGCCCAACUUGUCGGAAACACUUUAUCUCGCAGGAAGCAGGCGUAAAACAACUUCCAACUGAUCAUCGAGUUAUACAGCUCAUAGACUUUGUAAAAAACACUGAAAUUGAAAUAAUUCAAUACUGUACGAAACAUCAACACCAGCACCUAAACUUUUUCUGUGAAUGUUGUUGUUACCUGGUGUGUAGAGACUGUACUAUCCUUGAUCAUAAAGAAAGUGACGGCCACACCGUCCUCGAUAUCGAAGCAGCCAAAAAGAAAUACAUCCAAGUCAUAGACGAAGCCAUGGCCGAGGUGCAGUCAGAAAACACUGCCUUGAAGGAAAAACGUGUAACUGUGGAACAGGCAUUAGACACCAUGAAUAAGGAAGAGGAAGGACUGACAGAAAAUAUUAAAGAAUCCUUCAAUCGAUUACGGAAACUUUUAGAAGAGAGAGAGAAGGAAUUAAUUGAAAUGGCAGGAGCGAGUGUGAGCACUGAAAAACAAAUAUUGAAAGACAAAGUAGAUGAAAUUGACACCAGGUGCAAACUUCUUGAUACAAAAUACGAGGAAUUAGAAUCUUGCAAAACUGAAAAAAAUGUUGAUAGACUGUUCAAGGCUCAAGAAGAUACGAAAACCACCAAGGAACUACCACAGAUUAGUAUAGAAGACAUUGAUUCAUGUGUUCAAACCCAGUUUACAUUCAAUGAUAGGGAUGAGAAAUAUCUCUCAAACAGAAUAAAAAACUAUGGUGAAGUGGAUACAUAUACACAAAUCGAGUCCUCAAAACCAGCUAGUUCGUCUAGCACCUACGGUUCAUCAUCCUAUGCAAAGUACGGAAGUGCCACCUAUGGCGGGUCAUCAUCCUACGGCAGGUACACACCAAGUUCCUAUUCCAGUAGCAGUGUGUAUGGCUACGGCAGUGGCAGAUCAUAUUACAGACCUUAGGCCGAGGCAUAACAAAAAAAUGUUUCCUGUUACCAUAUCAACCUUGACAUUUUGUGCCAAGCCAAGGCGUUUUUUUCAAAGAAGCACUAUUCAAAUCAUGAAUACCAUCCUACGUAAAUAUUUUCUGAAAAUGGAAUUGUUCACCUACUAAUUUUAUUAAGAAUGUAUGGUAACAGAAACAGUUUUUUGUUUGGCCUUGCCCACAACACUGUAUGUGAUAGGCUGGAACUAGUGUUCAACAUGACCAAAUUGGCUGGCACUAAGAGUACCUGGGCAGUUGUAUACGACUCGGUUGACCUUGUCCGGGAACAAACUGACAGGGAGAGCAAAUCGGAACAAUCUCAUGCUAGUUAUACUUAUAUUUUAUCUCUGUUUCUUCAACUAAAACUCCAAAAAUAUUAACACUUAUUAUUAUGCAAUCUUACAAUAAAUUGCCAGCUGCUUUAAACCAAUAUUUGAAAAAGGCUCUAUAGAACAAACAUUGGACAAAAACUGUUAUGACGUUCUUCAGUUGCACUGCGAUUUCUUUUAAUCAAAAUAGUUCCUGGAACUUCAUAUUAUGAAAUACAUGUAGUUCAACUAAAGUAAGUUUGUACGUCAACCAUUUGGUCUCUCAUUCACUUAUGAACAAUGCUUCAAAUUUAACAAUGUUUUCUUUAGUUCAACUUUAGUUCAAUUGUUCUCAGAAGUUUUCAUUUAGUCAACUAUUUUAAUUAUGGUUUUUAUAGUAUGAUCAUAUGGUUUAUAUAUCAACAUUCCUAAAUAACGCCUAAACUUAGAUUAGAGUCUAUAUUCCAAUAACUGUGCCAUCUUUUUUUUUCUCCAAGUCAUGACAGAUUAUUAAUUAAAACUUGUAAGAGGGAGAGUGUCUCUAUUAUAUUUCAAUAACAUAAUACUGCUUAAUAUGUAAUGUUAUUUUUUUGUAAUGGUUAGGUAAUGCAUUGUUGAGGAGUGAAAUAUCAUUAAUAAACAAUAAAUUAUGCAAUGACAUGAAGGCCUAUCAAAAUUUUGUGAAGAAAUUCUAAUUCCAUAACAUGCAAUUAAUUAAACAAAUAUGAAUUAAAAAAUGAAUUCAGAAGUAACAACUUCAUUUGACUGUUAUUUGCAAUUAAAACAAGGAGUUAAAACGAUUUUCAAAGUAUACAAUAUAUAGAGGAUAUCUAACAGUGUCUUCAGAAAUACCAAAUAUAUUUCAUGUGUGGGGUUAAUAUUUUGAUACACGAGUGCGACAUAGCACCUGUGAAAAAUAUCAAAAUAUUAGUGACAUGAGUGAAAUAUAUUUGGUAUUACUGAAGAUACUGUUUGAUAUUAUGUUAAUAACAUUUUAUAGCAAAAUCUACCAGGGCAGCUUUUAAGUUCUUGCAUUGUCGUUUGUAAGCAGUGCUUGGAUUGGUAAAAUCAGAAAAAGUGGUAUUUUUCAAUAGCAAAAAAUUUCACUUAAUUUGUAGCAUAAUAAUUUUCGAUAUUUCACUGGUAAAAAUGUAAUAAAUGACUAGUUUGCGUCAUCUUUCACCAAUUCAACUUUUUAGGUUGUAAGUAAAUCUAACUGAGCUAUUAAAUGAGCUUGAUAGGCUUCUGGUGUAUGGUACUGCAAGAUAAAGGGGAAGUUUGGGGUGUGAUUUUUGGAGAUUUUCAAAAGAUAUCCCAAAAUAUACAAAUAAUAUAGUGUGGUACUCGAAAUGUCAAUUUUAAAGUUUUUAAAUACUUGAGCAAUGAGACAGGAACCACGAUAAGUACAGGGUAGAUCUGUUUAUUAUAUAUAAAACGGAUCUACAAUUUCAUCCAACACUGUACAAACAUAUAGGAGAAAUACAUAGAUACCCGAGAACAGUUUGUCGAUAUCAGAAUUAUAGAAAUUACUCUCAAGAUUUUUAAUCUCCAGGUAUCUUCCAUACAUUCUAAGUUAAAUUUUUCUUUGUCAUAAAUCAAGUGGAAUAAAUACUCCUAGGCUCGACAUUUUGUAUAUAUGCUAAUACAUUUAUAGUUUUGUUCUACUAGUGUUACAAAUUGAAAAAAAAAAUUCAAAUGUUUUAUUUUUUAUCAUGAUCAGCAAAGUGUUUUAUGGGGCCAUUGUGCAUAUACUUAUUACAGUUUUAAGAUUUAUGCUGCCAUGGUAAAUUAUAUAUAUAUUGUAUGAUUUGAAGAAUUGCGUUAACUUACUUUAUUAACCCAGCAGUAAAGCCAUGUCUGGUAAUAAGCCCACCUUUGUCUAUAAUUGCAGUUAAUUGAAAGUGACGACAUGUGCUGUUGUUGUACUGCAGUUCACCCACUUCUUGCUUUGAGUUGAAUUUUAUGUACUAGAUGUUCCCCUGGGCUUGUAAAAUUAAAGGAUUAAUUUAGGUUUAUUAUAAAUACUACAACUUGAAAUGGAUCUGUUUCAUCAUACAGAAAUUCUAAACAUUGCCAUGUCCACAAACAUUAAUGUGUUCAAGCAAUUAAAUGAAAGAUAAUUUUACUGGAAUCCACAUUUAAUAAGAUUCACAGUUUGAAUUUAGCCUUUGUAUUAUUUCACUCUUAUAUUUGCUCAAGUUGUCUUUUGAAGCAAUCAAUUAACAUUACAAACCACACAAAUAUAGAGGUUAUCAAGGAAUGAUUUUGAAUAAUGAUGGUGUUAGUUUUUAUAUACUUAUGUAUAUUCUCCAAGCUUCAGUUGAGUUGUGUAGAUUUUUUGCGAGUGAACUCAUUAGAAAAAAAAAUCAUGUACAAAUCUGUCAUUGCCUGUCAAUGUGAGAGAUAUGAUUAUGAUGCCUGCCUAUACGGUGGUACAUGUCCAGAUGUUGUUCUAUAUAAAUGUAUGUUUCAGGAAAAGCUAGUACAUUGGUGUGUACUUUGUGUUUUACUAACCAGUGAUUUCCGACUAGGAACAAUUACGUACAGAAUAGCCGUGACAGGGUAAGGGUUUAUAAACCACUCCCACGUCUUCUAUUGUAGAUGUGACUUAUAUAAAUUGGAAGAAUGCUUUAUAUCAUAAUUCUUUUCCUUAUUUUCUGUCUUGAAUUACAGGGACUUGUCACAAAUUUCUAACCCUUUGUCUGUUUAUUGAUAUUGUUUUUUUCAAAUUGAUGAAGACAUUGUGUAUCAUUUAAUAAAAAAUACAGUUGAUUAUCACUUGAAAAAAAUUAUCAUUUAAUAAAAAAUACAGUUGAUUAUCACUUGAAAACGGUUAGCAAAUAUAUAUAAAUAUUAUGUUACAUUAUAUUAUAUAAAUAAAAAUCGAUAUUAUAUUUGUAAGAAAAACAAAAUUUCCACCAGGUCUUUCUGCCUUCACAAGCUUAUAUGUGCAUUGUUAUAAGCUACAGGUAUUUCUGGCUUGGUGAUUAGGUGCUGUAGAUCCUGGCUUUGAGGCCUGGUCAAGGCAAAAGUAAUAAAAUUGUCUUGUAUCACUUGUGUUGUUACCUUAGAUAAAUAUAAACUGAGGUUUUGGGGGUUUCUGCCAAGUCCCUGUGUCAUGAAUUGUUCAAUCUUAAAUACAUGUACCGGUAAUUAGAUUUGCUUUCUAAGUCCUAAUAUUUUGUAAUUUUUAAUCUGAUUUCGUUUCUGAGAAUCUCGAUCUGCACUGCAUUUGUUAUGAUUGUACAAAUAUUCUAUAAACUUUACACCAGGGCGUAUGCUUGCUCAGGGCUUGAGUGAAAUGAUAUUUGUUGUAACACAAAAAUCUGUGAUCUCCGUAUGUUAUGCUUGCCUUAUUAUGAAAAAAAUAUUCUAUGACAAUAAAAAGCAAAAGUCGAA